ACUCUGAAUGCUAUAAAAACGAUAUCGCAAUUGAAUGGGAUCAGUUGAAGACAAAAGUUAGGAUAAACAAGUCAAUAAUUAACAACCAACAACAAAAUGUUCAAAUAUUUACUGGUACUUGCUUUAAUUGGUGCUGUCUUUGCCGACGAUGACGCUCAUGCACAUGCAAAGGAAUACAAAAAGGACGAUGGUCACGGACAUUUUGAAUAUGGUUAUGAUAUAACAAACGGUAUUGGUGCAGAUGAAUCUGGUGAUGAGCAUCAAGUGCAUGGCGAAUUCCAUUUUGUCUCAAAGGACGGUGUACCAGUAAAAGUAUCUUAUACGGCUGAUGAGAAUGGUUUCCAUCCAGAAGGCGAUAUAUUGCCAACACCACCACCAACACCAGAAGCUAUCUUGAAAGCAUUAAAAUAUAUUGAAGCACAUCCCUCAAAAGAUGACGGUCAUGUGAAGCAUCAUUAGGUACUGUCCUAUUGGAAAUUUGACAACGCUUAAAACACUGUAUAUUAUAUGUAAUAUAAUUAAUUUUGAAUAUAAUUCCCUGAUAACUAAAAACUA